AUUUCGAUUAUCGAUUUCAUUAAUUUUCGUUGAAAAAAAGAAAAGUGACAUUGUUAGAUGAGGUUGACGAGGAAGAAUUAUACAUAACGACAAGACACUGCCUCUAUCAACGAAUCUGCCAAAAUAGAGCGCUCGUCUCCAUUCCCACGAAAAAACAACCCCCCCAAUAAUUCAAAGAUGCCAGGCCGGCAAUCGCACGGCCGGUCCGUCGGCGGCGCCCCAGGCGCUACCGGCAAGGCCAAGAAGAGGUCCAAGUCGAGGUCCACCAAGAAGGCGAUGAAUGCGUUUGCCAUCGCCUCCGAAGAAGUCGUCGACCGCCCGAAGCGCACCCCGCGCAGCCGCGAGCUGGACAUUCCGCUUAGUGGUAAGCGCGCGAGAGGCGAGGAUGGCGAGGACGAGGACGAUGAAGACGACGAUGAGAAUGAGGGACCGCCUAGGAAGAUGCGACGAGGUGCUGGCCGUGAUGAGGAGGUCGAGUAUGGCAGCGACAGCAGCGGAAACGAGUGGCGCAUUGGUGUUGACGAGGACGACGAUUCGGAGAUUGAUAGCGAUGAUGCUUUUGGCGAGAGCGACCAGGAGAGAUUUGAGGACUAUGCUUUCCGAGGGAGCACAAAGAAGCCGAAGCAGAAAAAGAAGGAUGACGAUGACGAUGACGAAGAAGACGACGAGGAUGAAGAUAUCAGCGAUGCUGACGGCGCUUCUCUUGGAUCAGACGCUAUUGACCUUGCUCAAGCCCUGGACAUGUCUAUGUCAGAAGACGAUGGGGAGCUCGACGCCGGUCAAGAGGAUUCUGGCUCUGAUGAGGAAGAAUCUGAUGAAGACGAUGACGCAUCCGGUGACGAGUCUUCCGACGUUGAAGACGACGCGGACGAUAACGAAUCGGAAUCAGGUAUCAACGCAUGGGUUUCCAAAUUUUCUGGAGUGAAAGACGCGAAGGAGGAAGAGGCGCAAACAAGCAAGAAGCCCAAACUAGGGCUGAAAGACUUGGGGUUGUUGGGAAUCAAAGACCCUGAACUCAAGAAAUCCCUCAAGCUUAUGGCCAAGGAGGAUAAAUCCAGCAAACCGCAAAAACUCGAAGUGCCCCUUGCAAGACGGCAGCAAGCAAAACUGGAUCGCGGCGUCGCGUACGAGAAGACGAACGAGUCUCUAGACCGAUGGACCGAGACAGUGAAGCAGAACCGAAGAGCGGAUCAUUUAGUCUUUCCGCUACCCCAGACGGUCACUGGUCUCGCUAGGCACGACAACACCGAAAUCCAGCCCCUGAAUCAUAAAACAGCCGGAACCGAACUAGAACAAACCGUUCUGGCCAUUAUGCAAGAGAGCGGGCUAGGGCCAAGCACUAAAAAGGAGACCAAAGAGAACGAAGAUGAGGAAGAUGAGGAAGUGCAAGGUCUUUCGCGGAGUAAUAUGAAGGCUUUAUGGCAGGAGAAGCGACGUGAAAGAGAGCUCAAAUCUCGAGAAGAGGCAAGGGCCAAACGUAUCAAGAAGAUCAAGAGCAAAGCGUAUCACCGGGUGCAUCGCAAGCAAAGAGAAAGAGACGAGAUUAAAGAACGUGAAAUCAUGGCCGCUUCUGGAGAAAUCGACUCGGAGGAGGAACGCGAGACUCAGGACCGUCAACGAGCUAUGGAGAGAAUGGGCGCUCGGCAUCGGGAAAGCAAGUGGGCCAAAAUGACGAACAAGAAUGGCCGCGCAGCAUGGGAUGAUGAUGUUCGAACGGGCAUAGCUGACAUGGCACGGCGAGACGAAGAGUUACGUCGCCGUAUCGACGGAAAGCCGUCAAAAGGAAACGAUGACUCCGACGACGAUUCCGAUGAUUCGGCUGGCUCAAAUGAUGUCGAUGAGCGGAAGAGACUUCUUCGUCAGCUUGAUGAAGUUUCUGGUGACGACGAUGCACAGCCAAGGUCGAAGUUGCUGAAUAUGGAAUUCAUGAAGAAGUCCGAGGCGACUAAGAAGAAAGCCAAUGACGAAUUGGUGGCACAAAUACGGCGAGACCUGGCAUCCGACGAUGAGGCUGGCGAUGAGUCUGAUAACGGACCUGAGGAUGUCGGACGACGAAUAUUCGGACAGCCGUCAGGAAAGAAGCCAGGGAAGUCGGGCGAGAAACUCCUCGGUAAUGGCAAGAAAAGCAAGCUCGACGAAGCAGGUCUUCCAACCGCUAGAGAUCAUAAUGCCACUACCUCAGGGGGGCGGUCAAGCGGGCUAUCUGCUCCUGUUUCGCAAGCCCUAAGCACGGAUUCGGUAGCAGGUGCUUGGAGUCAACCCUCCGCAGCUGGUCCUUCGAAGAAACAAAAAAACAAAAAGACUGGAUCGAGCGUGGAUGUACUAGAGCUUGGAAUCGACUCAGUGGCCGUAGCACCAUCUACAGCUCCGAUAAAGAAGCCUAAGCCAAGUAAGAAGCAAGCAGCCAUCAACGUAGAAGACGCUUCAGACGAUGAGGAUGACCAUCUACCCAUCCAAUUCCGGGAGCAAGAUCUCAUCGAGAAGGCUUUCGGUGGCCUAGACGUCGUGGCCGAGUUCGAACAAGAAAAGGCUGCCAUCGCAGAGGAGGACGACGACAAGAUCAUCGACAACACGCUUCCCGGCUGGGGUAGCUGGGUCGGCGACGGCGUCAGUGCCCGCGACAAGAAGAAGCACCAGGGGCGAUACCUCACCAAGGUGGAAGGUAUCAAGAAGAAGGACCGCAAGGAUGCUAAGCUGCAGAACGUGAUUGUGAAUGAGAAGCGCACCAAGAAGAACGACAAGUACAUGGCCUCCCAGCUCCCCCACCCCUACGAGUCCCGCCUCCAGUACGAGCGCGCCCUCCGCCUGCCCGUCGGCCCCGAGUGGAUGACCAAGGAGACGUUCCAGGAGGCAACGAAGCCCAGGAUCUUGAUGAAGCAGGGUAUUAUUGCGCCUAUCGCUAAGCCUUCGCAUUGAGUUUGGUUUUGCUGGGGUGUUCAUUUUAUCAUGGUCGUGAUAAUGUUUGUACCAACCUACCACCUGCCUAUUCAUAUAUGGGUUGGCUUUGGGGGCAAAAUGUAAAUAGGCAGAUAGAUGGUUGGAUACCUAGAUGAAAAGGGGCUAUUGUCGAGUCGAGCGAGUAAAUAAUAGUACCUACAUACCUAGGUAGUUAUGCACCUACGUUACCUAAUACCCAGAUACCUAGAUAAAUAGAUCGAUAGAUCGAUAGAUAGAUUAAAUCCUGAGAACCUGCCCUCUGAUACUUGAGAUAGAUAGAUAGAUAGGUACUAUCU